UGCAGAUUUCAGGCGAUACUUCUAGUGUGACGUCUAAUGUAGUGGACGGGACACUUCAUCAACAGUAACAACCGUUCGUCGGCCACCUCCGUAUCCAACAUUAUCGAAAACAGUCACUGUGUUUUAAACAUACUUCUGUCGUGUCUACUUGUUUGCCCAUUUAAUGUAACGUUAAUAUUUACGUUGUUUGUCAGGUAGCUAGCUUGCUAAAUUAGUUUUGCACUAGGCUAAUCGCUAAUGCUAAGUAGCUAGCUAGUUAACAUCCCCGACCAUGAGUUCACUAAGCUACUCCACUCCUGCUGAAGAAGAAGAGGUCUGCUGGACGGAGAAAGAAGAAGAGGCUGACACAGUUAAACAAGAAGUAGAGGAUGAGUCUGUUACUGUGAAAGAAGAAGCGAUUGAAGCUUUCAGAGUGAAAGAAGAGGAGGCUGUUACAGUGAAAGAAGAGGAGGCUGUUACAGUGAAAGAAGAGGAGGCAGUUACAGUGAAAGAAGAGGAGGCUGUUACAGUGAAAGAAGAGGAGGCUGUUACUGUGAAAGAAGAGGAGGCUGUUACUGUGAAAGAAGAGAAAGAAGCUUUCAGAGUGAAAGAGGAGGAUGUUACUGUUAAACAAGAGGAGGAAGAAGUUUUUGGAGUGAAGAUGGAGGGGCAGAUUACUGUCACGUUGAAAGAGGAAGAAGAGGAGGGGCAGAUUACUGUCACGUUGAAAGAGGAAGAAGAGGAGGGGCAGAUUACUGUCACGUUGAAAGAGGAAGAAGAGGAGGGGCAGAUUACUGUCACGUUGAAAGAGGAGGAAGAGGAGGGGCAGAUUACUGUCACGUUGAAAGAGGAGGAAGAGGAGACGGGAGAUCUGAGUAACACCAGAGAAAGACCAGACUCUGAGGAACCAGAGGAAGAAAUGGCCAAACCAGCAAGACCAUACCACUGCUCCCAGUGUGCGAAGAGUUUUACCCAGUUAGGGAACAUGAAAAGACACGAGAGGACACACACAGGUGAUAAACCUUACCACUGCUCCCAGUGUGGAAAGAGUUUUACCCGGAUAGGGUCCCUGAAAAUGCAUGAGAGAAUGCACACAGGAGACAAGCCUUACCCCUGCUCCUUGUGUGUAAAGAGAUUUUCCUCAUCAGGAUGCCUGAAAAUACAUGAGAAGACGCACACAGGCGAUAAACCUUUCCAAUGCUCCCAGUGUGGAAAGAACUUUUCCUUGUCAGCGAGCCUGAAAAGACAUGAAAGGACACACACAGGAAAUACUCCUCAUCACUGCUCCCAGUGUGGAAAGAGUUUUACCCGGAUAGGGUCCCUGAAAAUGCACGAGAGAAUACAUACAGGAGAAAAGCCAUACCACUGCUCCCAGUGUGGAAAGAGUUUUAACCAGUCAAGGGACCUGAAAGAUCAUGAGAGAAUACAUACAGGAGAAAAGCCACACCACUGCUCCCAGUGUGGAAAGAGUUUUAACCAGUCAAGGGACCUGAAAGAACAUGAGAGAAUACAUACAGGGGAAAAGCCAUACCACUGCUCCCAGUGUGCAAAGCGUUUUACACAGUUAGGUCACCUGAAACGUCAUCAAAGAACACACACCGGAGAGAAGCCUUACCACUGCUCUCAGUGUGGAAAGAGUUUUGCCCAGUUAAGUCACCUGAAAGAACAUAAGAGAUUGCACACAGGGGAGAAGCCUUACCACUGCUCCCAGUGUAGAAAGAAAUUUUCCUCGCUAGCGAACCUGAAAAGACAUGAGGACACACACAGGAGAUAAGCCUUCCAAUGCUCCCAGGACCUGUAAAUUGAUAUUUCACAUCACAUCAUCAGAGAACUUACAGUGCUCCCGUUGUCUUAUAUUUUUUACGAAGAAUGUGUUUUUUGAUUAUGCCAUAUGAAAUCGAACUGUACAAAAAAUAGAUUUGUAUGUUUUUAUUAGAAAAACAUGAAUUGAAUAUGGAGUAUUUCAGUUUAAAUAUACAGUACGCCCGUGUUAAUGUAGA